UGCCGCCUCUGCUCUCUGAUUGGCUGCCUGCAGUCAUCUGGAGACAAUUAAAGCACAUCAGAACCAGAACCAAAACCAGAACCAGGACCUGGCUGGUCCAGCCUCCAUAAUCUACAGGAUGCAUGACGUCACAGCAGGGGUCAGACUCCAGAAGACUCCAUGGCAGAUCCUAAAGGUGCCCAGCAGCGCCCUCUGCUGGCUGCUCUGGCCCUUCCGUCCUGCAGAGCGCUGUGGUUCCUGCCGGUGACCUCUGACCCUCCCGCUCAUAAAGGCUGCAGCUGCUGCAGUUUAUCGUUGUGAUGUUCGUGAAACGUUGUUUUAUUAACCAGAGAAAUUCUGUUUUCAUCCUUUAAGGAGCGAUUUCAUUGAGAAUUAUUGACAUACACAUUCUAUAAAAGGAAAUCGCUGCAGCUGAAAUUAAGCAUGUUUGGUUUUUAUUCAUAUUAUUAUUUGGUAUUUACUUUUACAAAAUUUUUAUUAAUUUUUGUUUUGUUUUAUGAUUUGUGUAGCUGUUCGGUCAGCUGAGCAGUAAAUGAACUUUGACUUUAUUUCCAAAUGUGAAUAAACCUGCUGCUUCCCGCCAGGGUGGAUUUAUGACAGAGUGAUCAUCUCUCCGGGCGAAGAUCUCUGGUGGACCCUGUUACCAUGGUUACGCUCUGCCGUGUUUCUUUCACGCAUUGAUUAGCUACCCAACCUGCCCAGCCGAGUCAUUUCCUUUUUCCUGUUACGGUUCUGGUUCCGGACCCCGGUGAACAGAACCAGGCCGAUCUCAGUCUGACCCGUUCCAGGAUCCUGUUGGACCCGUUGGACCCCCGGUUCGGUGCCGGACCUGCAGCUCCGUGUUCCGGUUCGGCUUGGAUAUGGGUCUGCUGUUACCAUGGACACGACAGGUGGACUUACCUGCUGCGAUCCGGUCCUGGAGCGUCCCGGUUCUGAUCAGGUUGCAGAGGAACGAGUUCGAUCAGCUGGUCUGCUGCUCCUGGUACCGGUUCUGUUGGGAUCAGCCUUCGUGGAGGAGCUGGACGACACCUUCAUGGAAACUACAGAUCCAGAGGAGAUCUGGCUCAUCCAGUUUUACGCCCCCUGGUGUUCCUUCUGCAAACAGCUGGAUCCUGUAUGGCACCAGAUCGGAUCCGAACUUCGGAGUCUCGGCUCUCCGGUUCGCGUUGGAAAAUCUGACGCUACAGUCAACACUGGUUUGGCCAAAGAGUUCAAGAUCCGAAAUUAUCCCGCCAUCCUCAUGCUGAAGAACAAUGUCAAGUUUAACUACCCCGGGUCCAGAACCAAGGAGUCAAUCAUGGACUUCGUUGACCGGGUCUCAGGGCCGCUGGUUCGUUCUCUAAGCAGCACACGCCUCUUCCAACACGCCAUCAGCCACCAUGACGUCCUGGUCGUUUAUGUGGGAGCAACAUCAGAGCUCAAGGGAAAUCUGACGGCUGCAGCAGAGGAACUAAUCGUCCACACCUACUUCUUCUCUGCCAGCAGAGAGAUCCUGCCACAGGUAGGACGCUUCGGCCCGGUUCCACUGAGCGGAUCGGGUUCAUUCAAUGUUUCAUGAACCGCCGUGUAGAGGAAACGGUUUCCAGCAGAAGCUGGCAGUGAAACCCAACCACCUAACGAGACGUUGUACUGGAGCAACUACAGCCAUCCUGCAC